ACAGUAUACCGGAAAACCAUGGUCGGUUUCGAAAUAGGCGACGUUCCUUUCAAUCCCGACGGAUGGGGUCCACCGGAAACCGUCACCUCCUCCGUUCCUUUCCUCCCAAACUACCCCGCUAACGUUCCGUUCGCCCCCUUCUCCCGCUCCGAUAAACUUGGCCGCAUCGCCGACUGGACUCGAUCGAAUUACAACCCUAACCGUCCCAACCGUAACAAUCCGGCGGACUCUGCCUUUGAUUUCACUACCGAUGAUUCAUUCGGCGGUGGCCUCAACGCCGAUGACGAUUCCUCAUUCCGUCUCGUCGAUGGUAAGCCACCUCCACGCCCAAAAUUCGGUCCAAAAUGGCGGUUCCAGAACAAUCGUAAUCAGCUCCCGCAGCGGCGUGAUGAGGAGGUGGAAGCGCGUAAACGUGAAGCUGAAAAGCAACGUGCUCGCCGGGACAGGUUGUACCAUGCGAAUCGGACGGGAGGUAAUAACCCUAGACGCGAAGCAGCUGUGUUCAAAUCAUCAGUCGAUAUUCAACCGGAAUGGAAUAUGCUUGAUCAAAUCCCUUUCUCGACGUUCACAAAACUCUCUUACAAUAUUCCUGAACCAGAAGAUCUACUCAUCUGUGGUGCGAUCGAACCGUACGACAAGACAUUCGACAGGACGACACCGAAGAACGAACGCCGAUUGGAGCGUUUCAAGAACAGGAACUUCUUCAAAGUGACAGCAACCGAUGACCCGAUCAUCCGGCGUCUUGCGAAUGAAGACAAAGCGACUGUUUUCGCGACUGAUUCUAUCCUUUCGACGUUAAUGUGUGCUCCUAGAUCAGUUUACUCAUGGGAUAUCGUAAUUCAACGAGUUGGAAACAAACUGUUCUUUGAUAAACGAGAUGGUUCUCAAUUAGAUUUGCUAUCAGUUCAUGAAACUUCUCAGGAGCCAUUGCCUGAAGCUAAGGACGAUAUCAAUUCUGCUUAUUCUUUAUCUGUUGAAGCUGCUUACAUCAAUCAGAAUUUUUCACAGCAAGUUUUGGUAAGAGAUGGGAAUAAGGUGAACUUUGAGGAGCCAAAUCCGUUCGCUAAUGAAGGCGAAGAAGUUGCAUCAGUUGGGUAUCGUUAUCGGCGUUGGAAGCUUGAUAACGAUAUGUAUCUGGUGGCAAGAUGUGAGGUUCAGAGUUUCUUGGAGAUUAAUGGUAAGAAAUCUUUCUUAACUUUGAAUGCUUUGAAUGAAUUCGAUCCGAAGUACUCAGGUGUGGACUGGAGGAGGAAGUUGGAUACUCAAAGGGGUGCAGUUUUAGCCACUGAGUUGAAAAACAAUGCUAAUAAGUUGGCUAAGUGGACGGCCCAAGCAAUCUUGGCCGGAGCCGAUAUGAUGAAAUUGGGAUAUGUGACUAGGGUUCAUCCUCGUGAUCAUUUUAAUCAUGUUAUAUUAGCAGUUGUGGGGUAUAAACCAAGGGAAUUUGCAGGGCAGAUCAAUUUAAACACUUCGAAUAUGUGGGGAAUUGUGAAAUCAAUUGUUGAUUUGUGCAUGAAAUUGAAGGAAGGAAAGUAUGUGUUGGUGAAGGAUCCACAGAAACCUCAAGUUAGAAUCUAUGAAGUUCCUGCUGAUGCUUUUGAGAAUGAUUAUGUGGAGGAGCCAUUGCCAGAGGAUGAGCAGGUUCAGCCUCCUGUGGAAGAUGGUGACAUUGUUGAUGGAAUUGGAGGUCUAAAUAAUGUGGAAGGCAAGGAAGUGAAGGCUGAACUUUAGAAGGUAUUUCUUGCUUUCCUCUGCUAAUUUGAGUGUUCUUGAUCAUCCAUUUGUUUCCUUUACUGUGAUUUAGUUAUUUGUGGUGGUAAUAAAGUUAUGGGGUCUGCUUGAUUAUGAUGAUCUGUGGGAAAGUUUUAUAAGUAUUAAGAUUCAAGAAAUCUUUAAGCUUUCACAAU